AUGGGAUUUUUGAGUGGUGUGCUUGGUGCGGUGAAAAACGAAAAUGAAGUGACAACUUAUGAUCAAUACAUCAGUGGAGAGGAUAAUAGACUAAAAAAAGUACUUGACACUUUAAAUAAUAAUAUUGGCACCGGGCGUGCUGGGCUUGCGGAGUCUGUCGCGGAGGUGAAGGGGUGGUUGGAGGGGUAUGAGAGGGAGGUGGAGGAGAAAACGAAAGCAAUGACUGAUAAAUUAGGUGGGUUAAAAGAUGAGAAAAUCGAUGAUCACGCGAAAUUAAUUAAUAGUAAUAAUGCACUACCCGAACAGUUAACUGUAUGGGACUGGGUGCUUGGUAACAUUACAACGGACCUACAAAACAUUGAAAAUGAAAACGUUAGUAAAUUAGAUAAAUCUCUUAAGCAAAAAGUACAAAAUAAAAUGGAACCGAUAAAAAAGUCCGUUCAGUUGUUGAAAAAUUCCGCCAAACACGGUAAAUUUGUGGAGCAGUCGGCGAAGGUGGAGAGCGAAGUAAAGAGGCAGAGAGAUGAGCUUGUGAGAAUUAUUGAAAAAGAAAGUGAAAAGCUUGGAGCAACACUGGCAUUGAAUGAGCAUAAUGUUCUUACGACAAUUAAUAGUGCGUAUUCCGAUUUGCAGAAAACCUUGAAUGAAGAAUUUCAAAAGAUCAAUAAUAGCGUUAAACGUCUCAGAGACAUACGAUAUGAACAAUUCAAGCCUCUCAAAAAGGCAGUACAAAUGGCGAAGAAAAACGCUAAAGAUUACUACGAAAAAUUCGACCAAAAUUUCAAGGCACCAUUUUUGGCGCAUUUUGAUAGAAUUAAAGAGUUAUUAUGUUAUGUCAGUAUUAAUGAUUCAAACAUUCGUGACCACGCGGAUAAGUCUUGGCUUCGGUAUGAAGUUGACAAAAUUACUGAACAAUUGAAGGCGGUUGGUAGAACAUUUAGCGGACAUGUUCGACAUCUGCAAGAUAGGAUAAAAGAAGCUGGGCAAUUGUAUACGCAGGCACAUGAGAAAGCUGCUACUGCAUUGAAAAUGGUCAACGAUGAAGAUGUAGAUGGCACGCAGCAUAUAAAGAAGAUUAGAGAUGCCGCCAGCGCUUUGCACAGUAAGACCGAUGAGCUUAAGAGCAGUUACAGGACAGCGAGAUGGGGUGUUAUGUCAGCCAAAAAAAAAGCUCAGGCUACGCUUAAAAGUUUAGAUGAGCUUAUUCAGAAGGAUAUGACAGAGUUGAAGGGAAAGAUUGACGUUGCGAUCAAGAGUUAUGUUACGGAUGUUGUUAAUAAAGUGUUGACAGCAGCUAGUAAGGCUGACGGAUAUUUUUGGGGACCCAGUGGGAUUACUCCCUCCGUUGAAAACCUGAAGGAUAGCCUUGCGACGGACUCUCCGCUGCUACAUCAGUCGCUUCUGCAGAUUACAACGGUAAAAGAAAAUGGCUUUGCUAAGGCAUUGCAGAAUGCAUUAUACGAAUUUAAACAGGCCCGAGGUUUCGGCACGUUGCAGCAAGGUCCAGGUGAUUUCCGUGUCACAUCCGCUAUCGCCGGAGAUAUAAGUAGUGGCGUUGGCACUAAGGCUAUGAAUGAGUAUCUUCAACUGACCGACAAGAAGUUCAAGCACUCUGUGAUGACGCAUUACCAAGGUGAGGUUGGGGGCCACAACGGCGAAGGUAGUGGCAAAGCAAAACUUGAGUCAGAACUUGCUAACAUUAAUGUUGACGACCUUAAGGUGACCGACGCAGCCACGUAUGGAACACAUAGGAUCGACGAUGAAAUCUGCGGCCUUCACGAUGCCGUCACAAGCGCCUUGCAAACAUUUACAGGCGCACUUCGUAAUCAACUGGAAAAUACAACCGACGGCGUUCUAGACAGGCUGGGAGAGCUAAAUGGGAAGAUUGGACAGGGAGCUUCGAAUGGAACUGAAUGCCUCGGUGGACUUCACAAGUUACUUGAAAAGGUGCAUACCGAUGAAUUCAAUGACAACGUUGGGGAUAUACAGAAAGCCAUCAACGCAGCGAUUUCAACCGUAAAGAUGCUCGAGACGGUCCCCGGUGAAGUUGAGACAAUGAAAGAGCAGGUAGUAAAGUUCAUGGCAGAUAUAAAGCACCAGUUUUACACUCUCUAUGGUAACAUAAAUGUCAUUGAGCGUGACGUAGAAGAAGCCAGCGCAACCUUAAAUAAUACCAUUCUUCAACUUUUACAAGCAGCACAUGAUGUCGAAGACACAACUGGUAUAGCUGUGAAAAAAGUACAAGUUUCCCUCAUUGACACCGUAGAUCAAGCCUUCGGGGACACCACGAAAUACGCCGACGCACUUCAGCAACAUAUCCUCGAGGCCACAGAAAAAGCACUCAAGUAUGUAAUAUUUGAUAUCCGCUCUCUCUUCGCCGAAGGCCACAAAGCCGACCUGGCUGCGCUCAAGACGCUCGUCGACGGGCAGAAGGAGGAGAUUGAGAAGAUCAUAAAUCAUGAUAAAGCGAAUAAUAUUAAGGGUCUGCUGCAAAAAAUAUACGGUGGCGUGUAUCCGAAUCCUCCAAGUCCUCCUAAACCCGAUGUAAAUAAUUUGCUACAUAAGCUGAAAAGUGCCCUACCCACUUCUCCGCCUGGCAAGGCAACUCCAGUUGACCUCAAGAAAUUCCCAGAGGUAGCUAUGGCAUUUAAUACGUAUGCCGAUGAUAUUCUUAUGUACAUCCAGGGCCAAGUCAUGACUCCCGGAUCUCCCAAGCAACCCACUGACCAGUCCACCAAGGUCGGUGACCUUAAAAAUGCACUUGACUUCCUGCUUCGAUUUAUCGCUAAUAAUGACACUAUCUAUCACUUUGAUGAUUACUUUGUCAAACUACUUGAUAAUCUUAAUUCCCAACUUACCUCCCUCUCUCCCUCCUUCUCCUCCCCCUCCCCCCUCCUCGCCCUCCUCAAGGCCGGCCUCUCCGCCUUCACGCAGCAACUCGGCCACGCGUACGUGAACAGGUAUAGUGGGAGGAGGAUGGGUGAGUUGGUUGAAAAGAAACAGUCAUCUACAGACCAAAAGGCUACCAAAAAGCAACUUCCUGACACCUCAACCGAUAAUUACGAUUUAACCCCUGAGGGCCGCAACUGCGCCAAGGUCUGCCUGACGAUAGUGGAGAUGUUGACCAAAAAUUUUGUGGAGUUGAAAGAUGAAUGUCAAGUCUACAAAAGUAAGCAAAUUAACACGUAUGAUGAUAAUUUAUUUGGCGAAUGUUUUACGAAACGUGGUUUCACGGUGACAUCCGACAAGGGUAGGCAGCACGGCGAGUUACAAGACAAGAGUGACAUGACCGGCGAUGCAGUUUAUAAGAAGAUAACGGCAAAAGUUACAGGCGUCCAGAUGUUAACUUUCCUAAAAACAUGGAAAGAAGAACAACGCAGAAAACAUCCUCACAGGCAUCCAAAUGGUAACAUUCACCUCUUCGACGUUCUUGACUUCCUGCAAGGUUACGUCGUCACAUAUUACACAGUCCGUCACCUGGAACAUAUUCCAUCAGCUAAAGCACCGCGUAAUAUUUAUCAAAUGCUGCAAUGGCUGAGCGGCGUUCGAUAUUAUCCAAGUCUUAUUCCCCUGUUCCUUUGCUUCAAGGAUCUGUUUCCUAGACGUAAAGAAGACGAAGGAAAGGAUAUCAAGGCUAUAUCACCCGCUAGCGUAAAGCUCUCAGCAACAACUGAAAUCACGUAUGCGCACUUAGGAAGAAAAGUGUUUGUGAAUGUCUGUUUACACGCCCAUGAUGUCUUGGUUGCCAUCCUGGGUCACGGUCACGCAGGUGGGCGAUACGCUGUCGAUUUCAAAACCAACGAAGCAAAGUUGUUGUAUCCUAGUAAGGCGAGUGACUGUUUUGAUAUGCUCGUAGACAUUGCGUAUCGCGUGCAACACCAGCUGUAUUUCCUCUUCCAACAGUUUUACUUCGAAUCAUCGUACAGCUCAUGGCGCGACUGCCUCUAUGGCAGGGGAGUGGCCGGGUCAUCGUGGAAGUGCAAUACCAAGCAGUGCCCUAACCACGACUGCAACCAAACGGCUAGGCAAACGGCCAACCAAAUGGGUAACCAAACGUGUGACCAACACUGUGACCAAUAUCCCAUGUGCGACCUAAAAUCACCUUUGCAGUCAUUCUUGGAGGAUGGCUUACAAGGCUUCUUACCACAUCAAUUUACCAAGCCGGGCUGCAAACUGGAAUGCACGGCAGCCAAUCACAAAGCUAUUCCCUGUAAGACUCCCAUGGGCUUCGGUGAUAUAAGUAAUAUGGCAUCGCAUACGCAGAAGGGUACGCAUCUCAGAGAUGUUUUAAUAGAUUUCUGCGGGAAUUCUACUGCUCCCCUUACACUGAUGUGCGCUUAUUUCAACUGCCUGUUACAGCGUCCUCCUCAGAAUCUGGGUGAUAUGUUCGCGUUCUAUUACAACCUAAUGAAAGAGUGGAGUAAGAAUGAGACGCAUAAAAGAAAGGCAUUUGACGAAGCUGUCAGGAAGGCCAAUUUCGAAAAUCGAGGUACAACGCUCGAACUGGAUGAUGUCUUCAGUGCGCACAGUAACAUUAGCAGCAACCACGCUGGGAGGCAUCUGUCUAGCCUGGUGAACUGCGACGGUGAUAGUGGAUCAAAUUGCGGCCGGUAUUUGAAGCCCAUCAGCACCGACGUAUAUACUAUUUAUUCAUCGGAAUAUGCUGAUAAGUAUGUCUCAUGGAUCGUCUACCUCACUGAAACAUUCUAUGACUUGCUUAAGAAAUUAUACGACGAAUGUAACGGCAACUGCGGUCCGAAGGGAUCCAACUGCCACAACAAAUGCUGUGUCAAAGGGUGUCCAUCCCUCGUAAAAGAGUCGAAAAAUGUGACCCAUGAUGAAGGAUGCACGUCCAUUGUCCAGUGCAAGCAUACACUUCCAACCUUGUGCAGAUAUGGAUUCACGUUCUGGUACCAGACGAGGAUCAACGGCGAACAAGGCAUAGAAAAAAAACGUACCUGCAAGGAUUUGUGCAACGUGCUAGAGAGAGUGCUGAUUGACAAAGAAGCUGACCAAGCUCCACUCGCUAAACUAAUCUACGUCACAAUUCCUAACUUCCUCUUCGAAAUCCGCGCCCCCUUCAUCUGGCUCAAUGUCGCCCUCUGGCUCCUCUCUUUGUUGUACCUCCUCCACAUCAUGGUCAUCCGCCUAGACCUGCUCCACAUCAAAUCGCAUCUACAUAGUCCCUCGAGUCAUCGCAUAGCUGCUCAAUCACUACUCUCCGCUGCACGUGUUAACAAGCUUAACAGAGUGUUUUACCUGCAACCAUAA